GCGGGCCUAGCGUGGGUUCCGGCCUGGGCAGUGGGCGGCGAGCUGGGGCGAGCGCCAUAGGUGCGGGGCUCGAUCCCGAGGCGACACUGGCUGCUCCUGGACACCCUCUCAUUUCUUUUCCUUUCCCUCCCUCGUCUUCUCACUGUGAUUUUCUUGACUCCACUUUUUACAAAGAUUGACUUUGUCUCAGCAUCAACAAACUCUUCAUCUAAGAUUGUUUCCUGUGUGUCAUAUGUUUACAAGUCAGUGAGAAUUAAGCACAGCACGCACAAGCUGAAAAGCCAAAUAAGGAAAUGUAUUCCUUCUCUUGACAGUUGUAAUUUAACUUGGCUAAAGCCAGUUUUUAGGUUGGCUUGGUCAGAAAAGUGAAAAGAAAAUGCUCCACUUUAACCGAUGUCAGCAUCUGAAACAAAUAACCCAGAAAUGUUUUUCUGUUAUACAUGUUAAAACGGAUAAACAUGCCCAGCUAUUUCUUUCAAGAACCUUUGCACUUGCAGAAUUAAGGAAGUCGUGGCACUCAACCCACUCUCUUAUUGGAGACAAAAAUAUUAUCCUGAUGGGACCGCCUGGUGCCGGGAAAACAACAGUAGGCAGAAUAAUAGGUCAGAAACUAGGUUGUUGUGUCAUAGAUGUGGAUGAUGAUAUCCUUGAAAAAACCUGGAAUAUGAGCGUGUCUGAAAAAUUACAGGAUGUUGGUAAUGAGCAAUUUUUAGAAGAGGAAGGAAAAGCUGUGUUAAACUUCUCUGCAUCUGGAAGUGUGAUUUCCCUUACGGGGUCCAAUCCAAUGCAUGAUGCUAGCAUGUGGCAUCUGAAGAAAAAUGGAAUAAUUGUAUACCUGGAUGUACCUCUACUAGAUAUAGUUGGUCGUCUAAAAUUAAUGAAAAUAGAUAGAAUUAUAGGUCAGAAUUCUGGAACAUCUAUGAAAGACUUACUUAAAUUUAGAAGACGGUAUUAUAAGAAGUGGUAUGAUACCCGUGUUUUUUGUGAAAGUGGGGCUUCCCCAGAGGAGAUAGCUCACAAAGUGCUUAAUGCAGUUAGAAGAUACCAAGUGUCUUUACAGCUUAUGCCUCAUAUUUUUACACACUGUAUUCCACCAAGUUGCAAUUAUAUGAUACUGGUAGCGACUUCAGGAGACACAGGGAGUGCCGUCUUAAAUGGUUUUAGCCAUCUUAGUAAAAAUGACAAGCAAAGAAUAGCUGUGGCCACAUUUUUCCCUGAAAAUGGAGUAAGUGAUUUUCAAAAAGCACAGAUAAUUGGCAGUCAGGAAGAAAAUGGAUGGGCAGUAGGUGUCAAGUCAGAUUUUGAUUUUUGCCAGACAGCUAUAAAAAGAAUUUUUAAAGAUUCUGAUUUCACUGGCUUUCUUACUGUGGAAUAUGGAACAAUCUUAAGUUCAGCUAAUUCCAUAAACUGGGGCCGGCUGCUUCCCCAAGUAGUUUAUCAUGCUUCUGCAUAUCUUGAUCUUGUUAGCCAAGGAUUUAUUUCUUUUGGAAGCCCAGUGGAUGUCUGUAUUCCCACAGGAAACUUUGGUAACAUUUUAGCAGCGGUGUACGCCAAAAUGAUGGGAAUCCCUAUUCGGAAAUUUAUUUGUGCCUCUAAUCAGAACCAUGUUUUGACUGAUUUUAUAAAAACAGGACAUUAUGAUCUAAGGGAAAGAAAAUUAGCACAGACCUUUUCACCAGCAAUAGAUAUUCUCAAAUCUUCAAACCUGGAACGACAUUUACACUUGCUAGCUAAUAAAGAUGGACAGUUAAUGACAAAAUUAUUUAACCAAUUAGAAGAGCAGCAUCACUUCCAGAUAGAAAAGAUUCUAGUUGAGAAACUUCAGCAGGAUUUUGUAGCCGACUGGUGCUCUGAGGAAGAGUGCCUUGCAGCUAUUCACUCCACCUACAAUACUUCAGGGUAUAUUUUGGAUCCACACACUGCUGUUGCAAAAGUGGUUGCAGACAGAAUGCAAGACAAAACUUGCCCAGUGAUUGUCUCAUCUACAGCUCAUUACUCAAAGUUUGCACCUGCUAUCAUGCAGGCUUUAAAGAUUAAAGAAAUCAACCAAACUUCAUCAAGUCAGCUUUAUUUAUUGAGUUCAUACAAUGCAUUACCUCCACUACACAAGGCUUUAUUAGAGAAAACAAAACAAGAGAAGAUGGAGUACCAGGUCUGUGCAGCUGAUGUGAAUGUCCUGAAGAGUCACGUGGAAAAACUAAUACAAAAUCAAUUCAUAUAAAAGUUUUCUGAGUAAAAUAUUUCUUUUCUGGUAAUAAGCAUGCAAUAAUAAAUCACAAACAUUGAUUUGGAGUACAAUAGCAUUUUUUAAUGUAAAUAUAUAUGUCUAUGCAGGUUAUUAUCUUUUGGAAUUUCAAAAGCCUAAUCUCUAGGACUGAACAUUGAACAUGCUCCUUGGACCCUUAAUCCAGAAGUGACAAAAAGGUAGCAUAGUGCAUGGACCCUUGUGCUAUUGUGCUGUGCUUUGUACUCAUGAGGAAUAUAUCAGUUUCCACUUCCUCACCCCCAUUUUAAGUGGACCCAAAUGUCUGGUAUUCAAUUUGGCAAUUAAAUAUUUAAGUACAGUUAAGUACUACAUGUGUAACCGUUACUAGCUGUCUCCUGAUGAGAAAGAUCAUUUACCACUCCAAUGGCUAACUUGUAUGGAGGAAGUAGUAAGCUCAUCUUUUAAGACAGACCAGUGUUUUCAACUCUACUUAAACUCCAUUUUGGCUACAAUUAUGUGUAUCCUACACCAUCCAAAUUGGAUAAAUGCUCUAUCCUUCUCUCUCUUAUGGAUGUUUAUAGCUGGACUGAUAUAGUUUGAACAUAAGACACACGAUUUAAAUCCAGGAUGUAAUAAUCAAUAGAACUAUGUAGUAGUGGAUUCUGAAAUAUAAAAUUAUUUCAAGAGAAGUUUUCUAAAAUUCAGAUUAUUUGAAUAGUCUUAAUAGAAGUAUGUUUAUAGUUAUAGGUAGCAGUUGUCCUGUAUUAUUUGGAGUCCAUUCCUCUAUAAUCUGUCCAUUGUCUCUCUCCAAUGAACAGUCUUUUUUAACAAAUAAAACCACACAUGAUUGA